AUGACAACGACAGCUUCCAUUGGACUGCCGUGGACGAGCGGCGAGGACAUGACGUGAGGUGAACACUGAACACGGCAAAAGCGCCAGCAUAAAAGCUCUCGAGACAUCACCACCAUCACCACCACCAUCAACAACGACCAUGGCACAAACGAGCGCUGCGAUCCCGGACAAGGUGCUGUCAUGGCUGUACAGCGUGCUGCAUGUGCGUGGACAGGCCGACUGAGGUCGAAGGACGGAAGAGAUAGAGAGACAUGAUCUGAUGGUGCCGGCCAGGAAUACCACGACGCGCAACGCACCUACUCCGACGCCGCGCGCACCCUCUCGCUCUACCCGUCGUUCGCCCCGCGCACCGACGUAUACACCCACGUGAAUGGCACGUCUGCCCUGUUGUUGACGCUCGCAGGCACUCUGCCCGUGGUCUUUCGUGGCACGACGUACCAUUUCCCACUCAAGAUCUGGCUGCCCCAUGCCUACCCGUUGGAGGCCCCGAACAUAUACGUUACGCCGCGCCAGGACAUGGCGGUCCGGCCUGGCCAGCAUGUAGGGGUCGAUGGCCGAGUGUAUCAUCCCUACUUGAGAGAUUGGGCCAAGGUGUGGGACCGGGCGAGCCUGGCGGAGUUUCUGGGCUAUCUGCAGCACAUCUUCGGCAAGGAGCCGCCAGUGGUCAGUCGAGCGCAGGAGAUGGCCCAGGAACGAAACCAUCAAGCGGGGCCCGGAGCACCACCACCUCCUCCACCUAAACAGCCCGCGGCAAGUGUAGCGGCACCAUCGAGAAGCGCAAGCCUUAACAGCCCUCCACCGAUACCCCCGAAACCUGGAGCUGGAGCUGGCGUUGCACCCGCCCCCGGCGAGGAGUAUGCAGAGACGCCACAGGCAUUGCGAGAUGUGUACAGAGAUGGACCGCCAUUGCCUCCUCUCCCCCACGAGAUGGCGCGAAAUCAACGUGUCUCCUCACUAUCAUCGAACCGCUAUCCACCGGCGUCGAUUAAUCCAUCCCUACCAUAUGCCGCGUCGCCUUCUGGAUACCAGCAUGGACAUCAGAUCAGUCCUCCCUUUCCCCAGGGUCAGCACCGUCAACAUCAGCUCUAUCAGGUGACCAGGGACAACAGCCCUGUUUCUCCAAUAUCACCACCUCAAGGGGUCUCUGAACUCCCUGCAAAUCGAUACGCUCAGCAAGCGCCUCCGCCUCGACCUACGUACUAUGGCACGGCUCAGUCAGUCCAUGAUCCAACUCCUCAUCAUGGGUCACACGCACACCAAGCACAAGUUCAGCACCAGCCGUAUGCGCAGCAACAUUACGGUCAACAACAGCAACCGCAGCAGCAGACCCAGCCAAAACACUUCGCUCCUGAUUUGCUCACUGAUCCGUUCGAGGUGGCAAUGCCGACAAUUGCCGCUCAGCAAAACAUACCAGCGCCUCCCAUACCUCCCAACCCCGAGAAAGAGCAACUCUUCGAAGCCCUCUCUUCCAUACUCGUACAGCAAGCACGGUCCAAAAUUGGGCAAUCAUUAGCUUUCAUUCCUCCAUUGCAAGCUCAGCAGCAAGCUAUUCAGACAAUGCAGCAACGCCUGGACGGCGAGAUCCGACAGCUCGAACAUCUCGAACAAGCACUUGCCAACAACGAAUCAAUCCUCCACCAAAGCAUUCAGGCCUGCGAUCGCACGAUCAAUACAGCAAUGUCGAAGAAACAGCCUCCCAUCGAUGAAGUCUUGGUUGCACCAACUAUGGUAGCGAAUCAAUUAUGGACACUUUGUGCCGAAGAGGCCGCUUGUAGGGAGGCCAUGUAUGUGCUACAAAAGGCGAAUGAUAGAGGCAGAGUCACUGGGGAUGUCUUCAUACGGCAGAUGAGAGCGCUGGGAAGAGAGUGCUUCACGAAAAUGGCAUUGUCGAGGAAGAUCGCAACGGGUAUGGGUUUGAUCACAUAAAUCCUGGUCAGAGACUCUUCCCGUCUUUUCUUUGAUGGCAGGGAUCGUCAUCGAAGGUUGCUUUUGAAUAAGAACAAUUAUCAGAGAUGAUCAACGUAUGCAGGACAUGGGAGUUGACUCUUCUGCUUUGGCUUGCUUCGGACUUACAGACCCCGUAACCAUUUUCCAUCGUGUGGGCAA